AAAUUUUAUUUCGACAUAUUUAAUUCGAACUUUCAAACUUCCAACCCCUCUCUCUCUCUCUCCCCCUUUUCUAUCGUCCCGUCUCGUGUCCCAAUAAGAGCUGUCACACACACACACACACAGGGUAGUGCACAAUUACCCUCAUAAAUGCCGCACAACGGUUUCAAAUUUAAUGCCGCUUUCUUUGUAUUUCUAAGGUCGUCUGCUGCAAAUAACCAUUGUGCUCUGCUGUUUCUGCUCUAUAACAAUGCGCUCCUGACCACAACUUGAAGAAGAAGAAGAAGAAGAACACACCUUCUGAAGAUCAAAGUUUGAACAGUUAAUCUUGCUGUAGAAAUCAUUCAGUUGCCCUCUAAGAAGAGAGAAAUGCCAAGAACAAGUAGAGUAACAGAAGUAGCUCUACGGCCAUCUCCUCGAGGGCCUCCUAAUCUGAGGACGUCCAGCGCUGAUUCUGAUCCAUCACAUAUUCGUCCCAGGACGGAGAGGAGCCCAAAAGUAGCCGAUGGUCGGUCACAGAGAGGGUCCCAGUCCAACCCAUUGAAUCAGAAGAAACUAGGAACUCGCAUUGCAGAUUUGGAAUCUCAACUUGGCCUUGCACAGGAGGAGCUCAAGAGUCUGAAGGGUCAGAUAGUCUCAACCGAGACUGCUAAAAAAGCAGCGCAGGAUCAACUUGACAAGAAACCCAAGAAACCACAGAAGGCUCCUGAGCCAUUGGAAAUCGUAGAAAAGCACUCAACUCCGGCUGAGGCUCGAAAACUGAGCAAGAAGGAUAGCACUUCAAUGUACGAAGCAACUGAUGAGAUCCAGGAGGAAACUGAUGUUUAUGAAGUUCCUAACGAGAAGAAAACAGUGGAGCCUAAGGCUGAACCAGAACUGCCAGCUGAAGAUGAUGAACUCAAACAUAAUUCUAUCUCUUUGUCAGUUGAGUCACCGGCCACUAUUGAGCCAGAGAAUCCAUUGGUUGAUGAGUUGGCUUCAAAGAAUGAGCAGAUAAACUUGCUGAAAGCCCAUUUAGAUGAGAAGGAAAAAGAAUUGGAUGAGUCCCGUCAAGAAAAUGAAAACUUAAAGAGCCAGCUCGAAGAGAAGUCGCUGAAGAUAUCAUCAGCUCAAUCUGAGAUUGAUGAACUGAACCAGAGGUUGACUUUGGUUAGUGAAGAGCUGGAGAAGAGUAAAAACAGUGCUGCCCAGACAACCGAAAAGUUAGAAGCAACGGAAAAGGCCAAAGAGUCGCUUGAAAAUGAGAUGAAGAUGCUUCGUGUACAAACUGAGCAAUGGCGAAAAGCAGCAGAUGCAGCAGCUUCUGUUCUGGCUGGGGGGAUGGAGGCGAAUGGCAGGAGGAUAUCAGAGAGAUGUGGCUCCAUGGAUAAACUCUACGGCAACACGUUCGAUCAUGUUGGUGGAUUUACAGGUUAUGUAGGCUCACCUGGACUAAUGGAUGAUGCAGAUGAUGUUUUUGGAGGUGAAAAGAGGAAAGGCAUUAGAAUGUUUGGAGACCUGUGGAAAAAGAAGAGCCAGAAGUAAAUUUCGAAAAUGCCCACUAUUUAUAAACUGUUUUUCUUGGGGGUUUAGAGGAAUGGUUUCUCGCCAUUUGUUAUUGUUUUGUUCUCGCUGUAUCCUGAUCAUUCUAUCAAUUCACUGUGGUAGUAUUGUGGGCUUCCAAGUGUCUUCCUUGUUAAGUAUAAUAGAUAUUGCUUAUGUUA